GCAAAGAUUUAACGCCCCUGUAGUCAUGACGUUCCUUUGAAUCCUUUGCUUCCAGAGAGUUCAGAGGUCGAAGCGCCGGCGAAGAUGUCGCACUUUGGAAGAUCUGGUCCUCCAGACAUUAGAGACACAUACUCUCUUCUAGUUCUCAACAUCACUUUUCGUACCACCGCUGAUGACUUGUAUCCUCUCUUCGAUAAGUAUGGAAAAGUUGUGGAUGUCUUCAUCCCCAGAGAUCGAAGGACUGGAGACUCGAGGGGAUUUGCAUUUGUUAGGUACAAGUAUCAGGAUGAGGCUCAGAAGGCAGUCGAGAAGCUUGAUGGAAAACUUGUUGACGGAAGAGAAAUAAUGGUACAAUUUGCAAAAUAUGGGCCAAAUGCUGAAAAAAUUCAGAAGGGAAGAAUAAUUGAGUCUGUGACCAAGACAAGGGGAAGGUCAAGGAGCUACAGUCCUAGAUCAAGGUAUAGAGAUGAUCACAGAGAUAGAGAUUAUAGAAAGAGGAGCAGGAGUAGAAGUCGGGGUAGAUCUGAGCAUGAUCGAUACCGUGGUAGGGAUAGAGAUCGUCAUCGGUACAGAAGCCGCAGUGGAAGCCCUGAUUACCAUAAAGGUCGUGGUAGAGGUAGAUAUGAUGAUGAGAGGCGUAGCCGAAGUCGUUCCUAUGGAAGUGCCUCUCCUGCUCGGCGUAGCCCAAGUCCAAGGAGGAGUCCAUCUCCUCGGAGAACCCCUCAAUCUAGGGAUGGUAGCCCAAGUCCAAGGAGGAGUCCAUCUCCUCGCAGAGCCCCUCAAUCUAGGGAUGGUAGUCCAGAUGGACGCAAUGAGAAAGAACGCUCUCCAACUCCAAGAAGUUUGUCACCCCGUGGCCGGGGGGCUGAGUCUCGAAGCCCAUCUCCACGUUCUGAUGCUGAUGAAUGACAACGAAGAAGCAUUGAUGAAUUUCUCCAGGUUGUUAUCCAUGAAGAGGGCAUUUGAUGAUGAUAUCGUCUGUUUAGUGCUUGGUAGAACAAAUUUGCAGAAACUUAUUUGUAAGGUUUAACUCAUGAUGUGCGUGAUGCCGUGAUUCAUCCUAAUACACUUUUCUGUUGGUAGUUGUGGGUUGACACUAGUUUUGGCUAUUGUUCCUGCUUUUUGCUCUUCUUAUUUCUCAAAUGUAGAUCUGUCUUGUACUCAUGAACAAUUGCUGGCCUUCUAUAGUUAUGUCCGUGACGAGUCAA